ACCCAGUUUAUCCGGUAAAUAACCCCGCCGGCUGUUAUGCCAAUGGUCAGAUCCAAGCUCACGGAGACCGCUGGCGAGAGGACGACUGUACUUUCUGCCAGUGCAUCAACGGAGACCCACACUGCGUUGCAACGGCCUGCGGGCAGAGCUGUCUGAAUCCUGUUAAAGUCCCUGGGGAGUGCUGCCCAGUGUGUGAAGAACCAACAUACAUCACAAUAGGUCCGCCUACCUGUGAGAUUUUGGUGAACUGCACUUUGACUGAAAAAGAUUGUAUCUAUAGUUUCAAACUGGACCAAAAUGGUUGCCGCAUUUGUCAGUGCAAAACUAGGGAGGAGCUGUGCACCGGCCUCAUUUCGGGCUGUUCCUUGGACUGUUCCUUCGGCUUCCAGACUGACAUCCAUAACUGUGAGAUCUGUCAGUGCCGACCGCGGCCGAAGAAGUGCAAACCCAUUGUAUGUGACAAGUACUGUCCCUUUGGAUACUUGAAGAACAAGCAUGGCUGUGAAAUCUGUCGGUGUAAGAAAUGCCCGAACCUUCCUUGUGGUAAAAUCUGUCCGAUGGGCUUCCAGCAGAACAGUCACGGCUGUGUUAUCUGCAAGUGCAGAGAGGCAACUGCUUCUCUUAUGCCUCCCGUUAAAACGGGCUCUUGCCUGUCAAUGGAUGGGCGCCGACAUGAAAACGAGGAGAGCUGGCACGACGGCUGCAGGGAGUGUUACUGUCACAAUGGACGCGAAAUGUGUGCCCUGAUCACCUGCCCCGUUCCUAAUUGCGGCAACCCCACCAUACAUCCAGGGCAGUGUUGCCCAUCGUGUCCAGAUGAAAUAAUUGUGCAGAAGCCAGAGCUCACCAGUCCAUCGAUCUGUCAUGCUCCUGGUGGGGAAUACUUUGUAGAAGGAGAGACAUGGAAUAUUGAUUCUUGCACACAAUGUACAUGCCACAGCGGACGUGUCCUGUGUGAGACUGAAGUCUGUCCCCCUCUUCUUUGUCAAAACCCCACCCGCACACAGGACUCCUGCUGUCCACAGUGCCCAGAUGAGCCUCUUCAGCCAUCGUCAUCAAGCAAUGAGAGCAUGCCCAGUUACUGCAAAAACGAUGAAGGAGAUAUUUUUCUGACAGCUGAGUCCUGGAAGCCCAAUGUCUGCACUAGCUGCAUUUGCAUGGAUGGUGUGAUUAGAUGCUACUCCGAGUCUUGCCCACCAGUAUCCUGCGAGAGACCUGUUUUGAGAAAGGGACAAUGUUGUCCUUACUGUAUUGAAGACACAGUUCCAAAGAAAGUGGUCUGCCACUUCAAUGGCAAAACCUACUCGGAUGAGGAACGCUGGGACAUUGACAGCUGCACACACUGCUACUGCCUGCAGGGUCAGACUCUCUGUUCCACUGUCAGCUGCCCACCCCUCCCCUGUGCUGAACCCAUCAACGUGGAGGGAAGCUGCUGUCCCAUGUGUCCAGAGAUGUAUGUACCUGAACCUACCAAUAUCCCUAUUGAGAAGACAAAUCAUCGAGACAUUGAACUAGAAGUACCAAACCGGCCAACACCAAGUGAAAAUGACAUCAGCCACAUGCAUGGAGACAUGAGUCAUCUCCAGGGAGAGUACAGAAGUGGCAGUGGACCACACCCAAGUGAAGAUGCAUCGGUUAGCUCUGUUGCCUUGGUGACAAUUCCAAUCACGAUAGCGCUGAUACUGAUCUUCAUCUUUCUGCUUGUCAAUCAGAAAAAGCAGUGGAUUCCAGUGUCCUGCUACAAAGCUCCAACAAAGCCUUCUUGCCUAAACAACCAACUGGUAUAUGUAGACUGCAAGAAAGGUACCAUGGUCCAGGUGGACAGUUCUCAGAGGAUGCUAAGAAUUGCAGACCCAGAUUCAAGAUACAGUGGAUUUUACAGCAUGCAGAAACAGAACAACCUACAGGCAGAUAAUUUCUAUCAAACGGUUUGAAGAAUUGCACCCUUACCAAGGAUUUAAGAAAGAGAGAGAGAGAGACUAAGUCUGCUAUUAAAAUAAAACUAGAAUUGUGCACUUGCUUAGUGGAUUGUAUUGGAUUUGUGACUACAUGUACAGCUCUAAGACCUUACUGGGAUGAGCUCUGACUCCUGCAAUGUGCCAGAAAAAGCAUUCCCACUUUUCCUUGAGAUAACUGACCAAGUGUUUUCUUAGAACCAAAGUUUUAAAACUUGUUAAGAUGUAUUUGCUUGUAACAUAGCUAUAGAGGUUAUUUUGGGAGGGGGAAUCAGGGGCUAGGGGUAGGCAAUGAGGUAAAAGGAAGCUUCAGAGAAGAAAAGCUGGUCAUGCUUGGCUGGAGAAGAAAAUGAGUAAAGAAUACUGCUGAGCAGCAGGAUAGUGUUUUUUCUUGUUGCUCUGAAAUUGCAUCUGUUGCAGCAAAGCCUAACCCCAGGU